UUCACCUCAUGAUGUGAUACCUAUCAACCUAUCUAUAAAAUCCUGCGUAGCAUCGUGAUUGUGAUGGUUCGUUCACACAGUGGACGAUCGAUCCGCAACAAUCGCGAUGCAUGAUCCGAUGUGUUAGUAGUGAGUGUCCGUAUCGUCCGUAUCGCAUGUGCAUAUAUAUCUAUCCAUGUGGCAAAUUGUGGGUACACAUAGAGAUUUGUUGUUCCCCACGAGCCUGUUCAUGGAUAUGUACGUUUAUCGCAUCCGUACAAGUUGUUCUGCAUCUGAAAACCGCUGCACCUUCGGCAUCGAACGUGAUCUGAGUUCGUGCUGGUCCUUUGACACGAUGACACGAUUACGCCACCGAAACGUGAUCUUUAUGUGAAUGAACCCCUUUAAAAAGGAUCGUACGUUUUUACCGGGUGUGAUUUAAACAAAACUUGCCGAACGGGAAAAACGCAUCUACGAAUAAACGCGAUGAAGGGACCGACGAAUUUUUAUAUCGAUGCUGACUUUAUUUUUUAGAAAUUCACCGUAACUGGGAGUGCCGCUAGUUCGCAGUUGAACAUGCUCCGAAAGGACUGGAGUGAAUUUUACGUUAUAUGCGAAAAAAGAUUGCUUCUUUACUUUUUAAAAGCAGUAUGUUAUACCGAACGAUUUUUCAUUUUGGAAUUCCGAAGCGAACGUCUUUAUGUAAACGACAUGUGAACUCUCGAUUAUAGAGAGCAGAGACAAUGUAUCGGUGAAACUGACAUGAAAAUGUUCUGCGGUGUUAAGUGGCCUUUGUGAUGUAUUGCGAACGGUGCUUAACCUAACUUUUCGUCGACGCUUCUACACGGCGUUUUCUUGCGAGUAAUGUUCUUUCGAUAACGAACCUGCUGCCAAGUGAUAGUAAAUACUUAGCAAAGGCUUGUCAUUCACUAUAUUAUCCUCGUUUCUUCACCGACUCAUCGAGCGCGAGUCUCUUUUACCCCUUUCUUACGCGUUUUUCAUUUUUAGUAAAAUAUGUAUCUGUGAUCAUUACUUCAUAAAAUCUUGGAAAUGCUUUCUAUGAGGAACGCUUGCGGAUCGUCGCGAACGCAUUACAUUUAAAUAUACAGUAUUUGUGCUUGUACGAUUUAACGCGUGGUUUUAUGUUUACCAUGUUUGAAUCAAAAUUUAGGUUUAUGUUCAUUUUUUUCUCAUUUCGUUGAUCGUCAUUCAUUUACCUUGCAGUGUUCGUACAGCGCAUAGGUCUUUCUUGAUAUUUGUUCUACGGAUACCAAUCAAAUUUACCAAUAUACAUACGUGUACAUAUUUUGUAUCUACUUGUAACUAGUGAUCUACUACCAUCUCUGCAAUCGUUUUCAUUAGUGAUGUUAAUAGCCAAUUUUAUUAUCUCAUUACCGUCAAAGUUUCUCGCGUGGAAAAGUUAAUUUAAAUAAUACGGUAACUGUGCAUUCUUGCCUUUGUGCUUCUGAAGUCUCUUAGGUAGUCUUAUUAUUAUUUGUAGUCAAUGAACUGUUGGGUCAAGUACUUGUAUAGUGUUUAUUAGUGUAGUGUGUCGUGUACUGUGUGCCAGAUUAUGCCAAGUUCUGUUUUCAUGGAAAUUACAGAAUAAUUGUCAUAUCGGACUAUGAUCAUGAUGAUAUUAUUGUCAAAUAAUAAUUGUGCAACGAUCAAUUGCCAAGAAAGAUGAAAACUUGAUGAGAUGGAUGACAGCAAAAAGGACACAUGCUCUGGGAAUUAAUGGGUAUAUGCUUUUCCUGCAGGAGACCUACAGGCAGCAGGCUGAAUAAUAAAAUCUCAGAGCAUAUCGCAGUAUCUGUAACACCCCUCCAUGUUUGUCUGGAGGAACAAAGAGGACCAGAACUGGGCUCUUGUGAAGCCUCGGCUUGGUAGCUACAGUGAUCUUUUGUUUAAGGCAAGAAAAUUAUUUGACAAGCAGAAAACAGAAAAAAGGUGUGGUAAAGAAGAAGAAGUGGAGACAGAAAUCAUUGGAAUCAGAGCAGGGGAUUUGAAGUUCGGUCAGCCAAGUAUGUCUAACACUAUCAGUAAUAUGAAAAUGACAAACCGUAUCAAAGGGAUGGUGAGCAAACAUCGACGGCGUUUCACACAGGACGGUUUUGAUCUCGAUCUCACAUAUAUAAAAGAAAAUUUAAUAGCCAUGGGUUUCCCAGCUGAGAAAUUAGAAGGAGUAUAUAGAAAUCAUAUAGACGAUGUUGUUAAAUUGCUGGAAUCUAAGCAUAAAGAUCAUUACAAAAUUUACAAUCUAUGUUCUGAGAGAUCUUACGAUUCUAAGAAAUUUAAACAGAGGGUAGCUACGUACGCGUUUGAUGAUCAUAAUCCACCGAUGUUAGAUCAAAUCAGACCAUUUUGCGAAGACGUGCACGAGUGGCUGUCGCAGCAUGAAGAAAAUAUUGCUGUAGUUCAUUGUAAAGCGGGUAAAGGACGGACAGGCGUAAUGGUGUGUUGCUAUCUUCUUCAUACUAAACAAUUUUCCACUGCCACAGACGCCCUUAACUACUAUGGAACUCAACGGACGCUCGAUAGGAAAGGGGUGACAAUACCUUCACAGAGGAGGUAUGUGCAUUACUACGCGACUCUCGUACAAGAAGGGUUAAAUUAUCAACCAGUUACGUUGUUAUUACGGAAGAUACAAUUGGAUCCAGCACCCAUCUUUCACGGAGGUCAAGGAUAUUUGCAUUGCGUUAUAUCAGAAUCGAAAAAGAAGGUAUUUAGCUCGGAGAUAGUGGAAGUGCGGAAAGGAAUGAGCACUGUGAGUAUUUCUUUGACACACAGCGUGGCAUUGACCGGAGAUAUACGAGUGGAUUUCUUUAACCGGCCAAAAAUGAAGCGAAAGGAGAAGCUAUUUCAUUUUUGGUUCAAUACGUUUUUUGUGCGGGACUACUUAACGCCGGAAUACGAUAACGGGGAGUUACCAGUCGAGCGAUCGACGAGGGCAUUGAGUUACGAUGGUGCAACUAUGGAAUUACCGAUGGUCAUACCACCCAUGAAACCCAGAACCGGGUCGCUAGCUACUCUCGGACCUAUGCCACCUACUCUUCUUUUAAGUAUAGAUAAAUGGGGUUUGGACGACGCACAUAAGGAUAUACAACAUAAAGUGUAUAGUGAAGAUUUUAAAGUUAGCUUAUUUAUGCAUCGUAUGGGUGGUAGUAUAUCGCAGGCGGUACCGGCGACGGCGGAUGGGACAAAAGAGGGUAUAGAAAUAGAAAUCGACAGACCAGACAGUCCGAGCGAAUCGAGCGAUGGAGACAGCAGCGAUUCCGACUCGACCGGGGAUUCAUCCGGUGACGAGGACGGUGAAUCUGUGGACAUGGACCAGCGCGUUGGACGAUACCGGCUUCUCUCAGAUGGUGGAAUGAUAGACGUUUUGUGAGUCCGUCGCGCCGAUCAUCGUCGUGUCGUCCCUCUGCUGCAUAUUCUGCAAUCCGAACGCCGUCGCGCUGCGCCGUUCGCGCGGACGUUACAAACUCGACUACCGCCGUCUCUUUAUUAUUAUUAUUAUUAUUAUUAUUAUUAUUAUUAUUAUUAUUAUUAUUGUUGUUGUUAACACCAUCGAUGAUCGCUCGAGCGUUACGCCGAUCGACUACAUACAAACACACACACACACACACACACACACACACACACACACACACGCGCGCGCGCGCGCGCGCGUACAUAAACGAGACAGCAUACAGUGAUCGUGUCCUUUCUACGACUACCGCUGUUAGAUCGUGCAUGCGUUAGAUUACGCAUAACGAAUAGAUUCGACGAGCGAAAGCAAUGUUUAUAUCGACGCAGAAACUUCGAAGGUUCGACCUCUCUUUUCUAUUGACAACGUUUUAAUAGCUUCCGUUUUGGAGAUUCUUUAGCAAAUCGUUUUAACUCCACGACGAUGGGUUGCGUCUUAUGCAUAAUUGAGCGUAAAUACGAACGAACGUUUAGUUUAUAAUAUUUUAUAAGCAUCAUCGAAGAACUGGAAAUUCUCUGAACGGGGUGUCAUUGAAGUUGUUUUGAAAAGAAACAAAGCUGCGCGUUGUGGGUCGAAGAGACGAAUGUAAGCUUUAAGGAGAAGUUCCAAGUUCGUGUGUAACAAGGAUGACUCGCGAUUUGUAUAACGCGUAUCGUGGGCUCGUCGAGGGAUUAAUAACGAUAUCGACGUUAUCAUUCCUUGCGAAGCUACUGAGAUUUUUAGCCGACUUUUAGUCCCGGGUACUUGAGAGUAUAUGGAACUUCGGCCACAGUGUUUGAACGGAUGUAGCCGUGCUGGACCAUAGGCCGAGAAAGAGAAAGUGUGUUUAUAUAGAUUACGGAUCCAGAUAGGAGUAAUACGCUGUAAAAAGGAGCAAGAUUAUUUUCGUAACGUUAAAUAAAUUGUAAGUCAAUAAGAACGAUAAUACGACAAGAGAACAACAGUAUCAGCAAUAUUCCAGGAGAGCCAUCACGACGACGACGACGACGACAACGACGGUGGUUUUCUUCCCGUUUUGACGACGGUCAUGUUUGUUCGAUGAGUUCCCUUUUCUUAUCAUCGAAUCGAUACAGGCUGCGUUUCAUUUUACGAGUAAUUUCUGUGAUUCUCUGUCACGCCGUCGUCGGUACGAUAAUUUAUAUAUCAGUAGGUUUUCCAGUCGUUGCAAAUUUUCCGAAAAUAGUGUAUACACGUGACGAAUAAUCCUAUCUGACGAAUCCUGCGAUCGAAUACUUGUGCGCAUGAAGAAAGGGAAUGUACCGAAGCGAGAACGUAAAUAAGAAAAAAAAAAAGGCGGGGGGAAAAACGAGACGCGCGAUGUACAGUGUAUCAUCUUUAAAUCGUUGAGAUAUUACAUAAGUAACAAGAAUUUGCCAGUGUAAUCUUCUGUUUUGACUUACUGCGCAUAAAGAUCUACGCUCGCUAUUAAAAAAGAGUGAAGAUUUUUGUCAAAGACUUUCCGAUGAGUGGAAAUAUAGAGCUGAACGAAUGGAGGAGGGAUCUCAGUUUAAUUUCUGUUCCUCUGUAUUCUACGAAUGGGGAUAUUAAACAGCCGCUUGCCAUCGAGCUGAUUUUUUACGGCCGUUGUUCGUUUAUGAUACCGAAGGCUCGAAUCGCAAUGACGGAAUAAAUCUAGGUAUCUGACAUCUAGGAUGACUAUGCUGUUGUUUUCUUUUAAAAAACGUUUGUAGUACCAAACUCUGGUAAUGUGGAUGAUUUGUCGGUAGCGCGAAUUCUUUCGAUUUGUUAGCACGUACGCAUGCAACAAGUAUCGUUUCUGACGCCGUCCUAUCCUAACUCAUAGCUCUAAAUCGCGAUACGAUAGUCUACAACUCGUUGCAGUUUCAGUUUGUUCAAUAUAACGCUUUUGGAACAAAGUAUUUACUCCUUUGCACUCGGGGGAUAUUUCGAAUUAUCUAGCAUAGAUCUCAAUCGUGACGCCUAGAUUUAUCCGUGAAUGUUGCGCGAGAUUCAUCAUUAAAAUUUGAAACACGCGACAUUCGUGUUUGUUGUCUGCUCGUUUCCCAAAACUUUUUUUUACCUCAUUGACGAGUUACGAAAUUUCUUUGGGAAUCGGUACGAUGAUAUCGUGUUGCCCUGCGAAAUUCGACCGCUUCGUAUGAAACGCGUCGAAGACAGUUUCCGUAAUCUCGCUUCCUGAAUUGAAACUCGGAACUAAUAAGUAAUUUGUAAUCACAUGUGUUUCAUAUUCUUUUCGUCAUCGGAACGAGGUUUACGAUUAGAAGAGUGAAUGGAAAAAGGGUCUGAGAAAAACGAGAGAGAGAGAAUGCGCGUGCGUGAGGGAAGAAGAGAGUACAUAUGCGAGUACGUGUGUGCGUGGGGGAAAAUAGCACGAAGCGGACCGCAUAAAUGUUCGCGUUUAUCUCUAAUAGCAAGAUUCGGAUUUAUCUUGAACGGAUUAGUAAAUUUACCUCGCUCGCGCAGACUAAUAUUAUAAAAUUAGUCACACCUAUGGUUCGUCGAACUUUAACCGUUAAACUUGCUAGCAAUCGUUGCGAUACCUACGUUUUUUACCCGCUGAAAAGUAAACGAAGAUGAAGGUAAACUUACUAAAUACGUUUUCUCUCACCCACCCAAUAAAUAAUUACGACGGGAUACGCGUAUGUACGGCGUAUGUACUGUACGUAUAAUUGUUACUCCGUGUGACGUACACGCUUUUCGAACACGUAUUUUUUCUUCGUAAACGAAGCUCAUGAAAUACAGUUUUUUAUAAGUGAAACACCUCUUUAAAAUUAACUUUUAUAUGAUUCAUGCGGAAUGUUCAAAAUAUAAAUAAGAUGCAUUAUUUUCUCUGUGA